AUGACUGUCACCAAGUCCACUCAUCGUACUUCUCAUUUGAACAAUUCCACACCUUCAUCUAAACGCAUUCGCAACAGCAAUCAGUUGUCGAAUCGCAAUCGUAUGGAUUAUGAUGAAGAACUCAACUCCGUUAACAUUUAUCGUGAACAUCGCGGUUACUUGGAACAAGAUAAAAAAGCUCGUAUCGACUUAAAUACUCAAAUAAUCAAGGACGAUCUUUAUGAACCUGUUCAAGAAUCCACAUCUCAGCAUAACUCAAAGCAAUCAUCAAGAGCUGUAAAUGUGGGAAAUCUAGUUUCCUUCUCACCUUCAAACUUCUUGCCAACUUCCUUUGGUGAUUUUAGAGGAAUUUCCGUGGAGACUGGCCAUUCUGAUAUUUGGGGUUAUUAUCCUAAUUAUCCUAAUGAUACUUUCGCUUCAGGAAUAAUGAUGGACAGUCUUAAAG